CAACGGAGGGCAGUUUCGCAAAGCAGUUUUUCAGAGGCAGACUUCAAGGAUACAGGAGUGGCACAAAACUACAGGUAUAGACAACGAUUGAUUAUACGUUUAAUCUGAAGAAUAGCUGGCCUUGAGGAAGCAAGUGUAUAGGCCUCGGAUAUUACUCGAAAUACACGGUCUCAUAUAGCGAGUUUCAUAAUCAGUUUCGAGAGGAAUAAACACGCCAAGACGAAAGGUAGAUAUAGAAAUAGAUCCAUAAUACACUUUAAAUGAAGAUCAAUCGUCUAUAAAGAUAGCAAUCAAGUCUUUAGUACGGUACGGCUAUACUACAGUAGAGAUAAAUCAACAAUCAGCUUUGAUACUUAAAGAGAGGAGUGGUCCAAGACAAAGGCAACGCUAAAGGUUGAUUAGAUGCAUUAUAUACUUUAUAAUUGAAGAUUUCUUCAAUUGAAGAUUAGUCUGAGGUAGCAAUUAGGCAUUUUUCUACACUCCUACUAGAAGUAAACCGGCUAAGGUAUUCUCACAGAGCGAGUGAGAGGUAAAGAGGGGGCACACAAAGCAAAGGCAGCUAGACUGAAUCUACUUGUAUUUCUCGUCAUGCAAAAGAAGUUUGAAAACGUAGAGCCAAAAGUGUAUUUUAGUUAAUCUAAGCUUGGAGUUGUAUAUUGCAAAUUCUAGGUAUAGUUCCAUACACAAUGAUUUUUUUCUUCUAUAUAUUAUAGAGUACAAUUACAAGGACCAGUGGUCAGUGACAAAAGCGCAAACUAUACAGCACCAAGCCAGAGGCGAAUACCAAAAGGUAAAUGCAUGAUUUUGUAACCUUCUUUCCUUUCAAUACGUCCAGAUGCACACACGUACGAGUAUCCAGGUCACCAUGAACAGGUAAAGAUGAAAGGUGUACAUUAGUCACUGUCUAGUUGUAAAGUCUGAAUUUACAGUUAGGAAGAACAGAUUAGAUGUAUGUGGGCUGUAGUGGAACAAAGAUUUUCGAGGCUAUAUUUGCAAAUCAUCUUUUGGGAAGAUCUGUUACAUGGACAUAUUAUUGUAAGAUACUAUAUGGUUUAUUUGCGUCAAAGAUGUACAUCAGUUCUUUGCAAUACACGUUCCUUUAAGGCAGAUAAAUGAGCAGGAAGUUAAACAAGAUUAGUUAAAUAUGUUUAUAAGAUUGUCUACGUUGAAUUAGUUUGGAGGAAGGCUUUGAGUUAAACCAUGAUUGGAAUUCUCAUAUUUCGGUAACUUCGUUUCCCACUUCAUUAAUUAACGAAGGAUCAAGCUUUGCAAAGAAAGAAUCCAGAUUAUUUUUGAGUAUGGAUUAACAACUACGCAUGUGCAUGCAUGUUUGUCGAAAGGAAGGGGGAAUUUUGUACAGAUAUUUAUACUGUGGCGCGCUUAGACUAUAUUGUACAAAUAUUUUUAGCCAACGUGGUUUAUAAUAGAUUUAAUCAAGCAACCUGCUAAAACCAAUUUCACGCCUGCCUACUUUCUUUGUCUCAAUGCAAAAUGAAAAUCACCGAGUAUAAUACACACAAGAAUCAUCGUGUGUGUUGACUUUAAGUAUUUAAGCCUAUUUACGGCGCUCUCCCCCUUCGCUUCAAGCGACUUUGUGAUGGCGGAUAUCUGGUCUAACUAAACGCUUAUCUCUAGAGUAAACAAGAGAGGCGGGAUGGAUUUCAUGUCUUCAAAUUGUUUGCAUUUAUAAUUAUCCGUAGUUCAAAGAUAAUGCUUUUGCUAGACGGUUGCAGUGUAGAUCUUGAAAUAUAGAUUCUCAAUAGACUUCAAACUGUUGAUUCCCAACAGCAUAUAGUUAGAAGUAAUGGUCUUCUUCAAAUCAAAGUACAGAAUCCAAGCAUCAACGCUUUUGUAUGGGUUGACAAGCAUCUACCACAAAGAACGUGCAUUGGAAAAUCUCAUCCAAAACAUCGCUGUACGUUUUUAUCGCGUUCAAGCAGUUUUCACUACAUAAAUAUUUCAAUCAAACUCGUUUCAACAUUUUAAGGUUUGAUGAUUAUACCGCAGAUGGCUUAAUAUGUCAAGAUCUCAUUUACAGAAUAUUUAUAGUUUCAAUUAUUGCCGCCUUGUGUUGCAAUUAUGAUUAUUUUUCAUUCCGAUUAUCGACUUAACUCCUUCCCCUCCAAGGGCUCCCCCACUGACAAGUCAUAUAGCCGAGCCUUGGAUAGAGUAAAAUAAUAAAGUCAGGAAAGGCGAUAUCUACUUAUGGCUAAAAUUACAAACGUUUUCCAAGCACAGAAUUCUCAUACUGCAUAGAAAACGGAAUUCGUCUGGCGAUAUAAAGAACUUAGGUGAAAUUAUAAUGUUAUGAUACAGUGAACUCCCAACGCCUUUAUUUGUUCUGUGGCAAAAUUAUCAUUUGGAGAGAGUCCUUGUAAACUUAAAAAAUAGCACUUUUUUUUACCAAUUCUAGUUUAUUCGUUUUCGAUGAAUCGAUAGCCUCUGUGAGAUAUAUAGAAGAUCUUCAUAUAGUCUUUAAACAAUGAUCUAUCUUGCAAGAAUCAAAGGAUGCCUGACCUACAUUCCCAUACAUCAGUACACAUCUUACUCAUCAUCUAACAAAUCCAAACCAAUAUUAUUUCAACCUACAUCGACAAAAAUCAAUAUCUACUUUUGAAGGCACAUGACCUAUUUAGCCCAAGUCAAACAAGGGCGCGAUUAUUGAUACAGUGCAUAAAUAUUAGGUAAGAUAAAUACAGUAAAUCGUUCUAAGUUUGUUUUGAAAAAUACCUUUUUUGCGGUUAGGAAAGCCGUACCUGAAACCAAAAUAUUUGCAUUGCAGGUAAAAAUGAAACAGCUUUGAAUAGAAAAUAUAGCAAAGAUUUCCUAUUCAGUGUUGGAUUUUAAUAAAACCCAAUAUUAGACCAGACGGAUUAAUAGAUUACCUGUCCUUAAAAGAUUAUUUUUGCCUUGAAGCGUUAUCAUUUGGUUUUAAAAGCAACAUUUUCAUUUGGUCGGAAAACAUUAGAUUCCUACACCGACGUGCUAUUGUUGAGUUUGAAUAUACUUGUACAUGAAAGUACACAAUUGUACAUGAAAGCUAUAAUCACAAAACUCGAAUCAUCGGCAAUAGAUCCACUGUUAAUUUCUAGGUCCGAUGAAUUAUUUGAUACUAUAUUGAUUAUGAACGAUCUAAUACUACAGUAUUUUUUUAAGAGAUCGCAAUACUCGCUUGAAAAAUGUAAAGAAUUAGCUUGAAAAAAUGAAGGAAUAAAUUACAUCAUCAAGCAUUAUUUUAAAGUGUUGUAAAUAUUGAUGCCUUCGAUCGCGUUUUUUUGAUCGGAUUAUACGCCAUUCAUCAGUGCAAUGAUGAAUUUGCAGUAAAUUUGAAACACUGUUAACUCUUUGUCUCCUUUCGAAUUUGAAGAACGUUUAAAGUCUCGCGAGUGUGUUUCGUAGUUUAUUAAAAUUAUCGCUAGGUAAUGGAUAUAAUAUAGGCCAUAACACAUUGAGGAGGAAUGUGUGUUUACCGCAUAAGGUAAACUAUUAAUAGUCUUUGAUAUUAUAACCAGUGUGAAGAGAGGACGUUUAAAAUGCGAAAAUCUAUUGAAGCACAGCAUUUUGAAAACAAAAAAUUCAACCCCCCGCGAAGCGCGCAUAAUGGAAAGUAGCGUUGACCAAUCAGGAGCCAGACAUACUGUGCGAGUGCUCGACGGGGGAAGACGUAUAGAAUUGCAUAAAAUGUUAAUCAUAUUCCCUGCAUUCUGAUUGGCUUGGCCAGUUUGUUUACAGACUACAGCCUGUAGGUCGAAGUUUGUCGUACUGUGAUCCAAUCAUAAGAAAGCCUUAAAUUUGGCGAGAUGAUAUGGCUCUUACAGCUGUAUUCUAUGACAGAUGCAGGGUUUAAGCGCUAGGGGGUGAAAGCCCCUACCUUAAAGCAAACGAACUUGAUAUAUUUGUCUGUCAUUUUUAGUGUGCUUUGCUGUGGGUCAGAGCUGUGGAUUUGGAGGUUGAUUCGAGCGACGGAUACAUUCCAUCUAGGCUGCAGCAUCGUGGUGGAGUGUGCGAGAGAUCGUGUUAUCGCGUGAGAAUCAAAUCACGUUAA